UCAUGUUUGGUUAGAAAAUGUAAACAGUGGUGGAACUGUAUUGCUAAAUGUCGCACAUUUCCUGAUUGUGUACUAUUCGUUUUAGCUGCAGCGUUUCCAAUGCUAGCUACAACUAUGGCUACGAUGGAUAAAUUGAUGAAGGCUUUAGAAGCUUUGAAAGUUAUACAGUCGCCAAGUUCUACUGAAGAAGCUGUGCUGCAGAAGAAAAAGGAAGUGUGUGCAAGUGCUAAAGAGAAAAUUCUAAAUUGUAGUACUGUGGCAGAUGCAAUAUGUUCACCUAGCCUCAGAUCAACUCCAGAUUUUCCCAAGGUGUUAGGUUUAGCAAUGGAUACAUUUAUGCUGUGUUGUGAUGAUGAAAAUUCUGAUGUUCGUCUUAUGGCUGAUGAAUGCCUUAAUAGAACAAUAAAGACUCUUUUAGAUUCACAUUUAGGACGGCUAUUAGUUGAACUGUUCAAAGAAAUUAAAAAAGAUGGUUCUGCACGCAGUCUUCGAGCAGCAUUGAGUAGAUUUGGUGACAUUUGCCAUCUGAUGAGACCUCAAAAAUGCAGACCUUACACAGUUAAUCUUGUACCAGCUUUGGCAAAAAUAUGCCAACGUAAAGAUGAAGAGUCUGUUCAAGAAACGCUAGCUAUUGUUAUUACCAAGAUUAUGCCUGUGUUAGGCCAGUUCACAAAUGAUAAAGACAUUAAGACACUUCUAAAAGCCUUUCUUCCAAAUCUUACUGUAACUUCUGCUAUUGUACGACGAGCUGCUGCAAGUUCAUUGACAUGCAUAUGUGAAUAUUCUAGAAGGCCAUCAUCAUUUUAUUCUUGGUUGUUAUCUGCCUUGUUUGAAUUAAUUCUGCCAGUGCAGGAUGAACGACCAGUUUAUGUUACUCUUGGUGUUCUGUUGUGUUUUCGGCACCUUGUUCCCCAUCUUAAUGAUGCCAUGUCAUCUCCAAAUUAUAAAGGAAAUGUCAGUAUUAUGCAAAAUGAAGAAGAUAUGGGUGUUACCAAGGAACAAAUUUUAAAAGUUUAUGAAAUUGCACUGCAUUUUACUCAUCAUCCUGACCAUAAUGUUAUCACUUCUACUUUGGAAACUCUGUACCAGUUAUUAAAAUGUGCUCCAAAAUCACUGCAGCAAGCUUUGCUCUCUCCCUCUGGCAUAACAAAAUCAUUAAUAUAUACCUCAGACAUUCCUAAGUUAAAUAGAAUUAUGAGUGAAAGUAA